AUUGGAAAUGGAAGUUGAUGCAGCGAUGAUGUCUGUUGGAAUUUUGGUUGCAUUUGUUAUCCUAUUCUUAACGAAAGCACUGAGUUGGGUGUGGUUGGAACCGAAAAGGGCAGAGAGAUUUCUCAGAAGACAAGGCAUAAAGGGAAACUCAUACAAGCUUGUCUUUGGAGACACAAAAGAAUUAACCAUGAUGCUGCAUCAAGCACAUUCUAAACCCAUACACAUCGAUGAUGAUAUUGCAACUCGCCUAGUUCCAUUUCAAAAUCAAUUGGUCAAAGUUUCUGGUAAGAAUUCGUUUUUCUGGUAUGGUCCUAAGAUUACAGUGAAUAUUAUGGAUCCUGAAGCAAUAAAAGAGGUUCUGAACAUGAUAAAUGACUUUCCUAAACCAAACCUUAAUCCACUAGGCAAGUUCCUGAUAACAGGACUUGUAGAUCUUGAGGGAGACAAAUGGUCAAAGCACAGAAAGAUCAUCAACCCUGCAUUUAAUCUCGUCAAGCUCAAGCUUGUGUUGCCUGCCAUGUAUGAUAGUUGCAACCAGAUGAUGAAGGAAUGGAAGAUGUUAGUGUGCGAAACAGGAUCAUGUGUGGUAGAUGUCUGGCCAUUCUUAAACAACUUGACAGCUGAUGUGAUUUCUCGUACAGCUUUCGGAAGCAACUAUGAAGAAGGAAAAAUAGUAUUUCAACUCUUAAAAGAACAAGCUAAACUUACAUCCAAGGUCUUUCGAUCUAUUUACAUACCAGGGUGGAGGUUUCUACCAACUACAUUAAACAAGAGGAUGAAGAAGAUUGACAAUGAAAUUGGAAAUGUACUUCGUGGAAUUAUCCAAAAGCAAGAGGGUAUUAUGAAAACAUGCGAAGCUUCGAAUGAUAACCUAUUAGGGCUACUAUUGGAAUCCAAUCAAAAAGAGAUUGAAGAUCAAGAAGGACUUAAGAAAGAUGUUGGAAUGAACACCAAUGAUGUAAUUAAGGAGUGUAAGUUAUUUUACUUUGCCGGACAAGAAACAACAUCGGUGCUACUAAAUUGGACAAUGGUGUUAUUAAGUAGGUUUCCCAAAUGGCAAACACUAGCAAGGGAAGAGGUCAUUGAAAUUUUUGGCACAAAAGAACCAGACUAUGAUGGAUUAAGUCGUCUUAAAGUUGUGACAAUGAUUUUGUACGAGGUUUUAAGAUUAUAUCCACCAGUUACUGCUAUUACAAGAAUCCUAAGGAAGAAAGCUAAAGUUGGAAACAUGAGUUUACCAGCAGGAGCACUAGCUACUAUUCCUGUUGUGUUGGUACAUCAUGAUUUUGAAUUAUGGGGAAGUGAUGCAAAAGAGUUCAAACCAGAAAGAUUCUCAGAAGGAAUCUCAAAAGCAACAAAUGGUAAAGUUUCAUUUAUCCCAUUUGGAUGGGGUCCUCGAAUAUGCAUUGGCCAAAACUUUGCUUUGCUUGAAGCCAAAAUGGCUUUGUCUCUCAUUCUGCAAAACUUCAAGUUUGAGCUAUCUUCCUCCUAUGUUCAUGCUCCGAUUGUAGUCAUAACUGCUCAACCUCAAUUCGGCACACACCUUAUAUUACAAAAAUUAUAGUUUGUUAGCCUAAGAAAAGGUUUUUAAUGCUUUUCUAUAUAUCUUAUGUUGCCUGGCUUCUUCCUAGCUAGAAUUUUCUCUAGGACAAGUGACUUGCACAAAAUAAUAUCUUAUUGUAAAAUUCUGUGAAAUGUUUCUUCAUAUAUUUCUCUUUAUUAUAUUUUUUAUUACAAAUUAUAUAGGAUGGUUUUUCCCUAGUUAUAUUAAA